AUUUUAUUUGCGAUAUGUCGAAACCGAGUGUCCAAAUUUUGAAUCAGAUUUUUACUUCGGCAGUCAAUGCUGUAUUACCUCAACAAUUAAUUCGAUCGGCCAUUCGAUUCGAAUCUCAAGAUGGUAUAUUGAAUAUUCGAUUGAGACAGGCCGAUAGCGAUCAGCUAAAAUGGCAUAAAAUUCGGAUGGUCGAUCGUGAUGUAUUCCUGUUCGGGGCCGGAAAAGCCAUUGUGGGAAUGUGUCAAGAAUUGUUGGAACAAAUCGAUAAUACUCAAUUAUCAAUUAGAGUCAAAGGUCAUUUAAACAUACCUUUUAGUUCAACUGUUGAAAAACCACAUUUGUUCUCCAAAUACAACACUAUCUAUCAGGAAUGUGGAAGAAAUAAUAUGCCCGAUGAUUAUUCUGUCCAAAGUACCAAAGAAUUAAUGCAAAAACUUCGCCAACAUGUAACUCAGCACUCGAAUCCAUUAGUCAUAGGCUUCAUAUCUGGUGGUGGUUCAGCAUUGUUAUCGCUUCCUAAAGAAUCGAUUUCGAUACAAGAUAAAUUAAAUGUCAUCACAUCAAUGGUACGACACGGUGCAAACAUUAUCGAGUUGAAUUCGAUACGAAGUUGUUUAUCAAGUGUCAAACAUGGAAAACUUGCACAACAAAUAUUUGAAUGGAAUGUGCAUUCAGAAUUGUUCACAUUUAUCAUUAGUGAUAUUAUUGGUGACCCAAUCGAAAUGAUUGCCAGUGGUCCUACUGUCCUACAGUCAGCUCGAUUGAAACCGGAAGAAGUUUUGCGAAAAUAUUCUCUCAAAUUCGAAGAAAGAAUCAGUAAACAAAUCACUACCGAGCACAGAGAAAUGCUGCCCAGAAUCAAUUUAACCAACGUAAUUAUCGGCAGCAAUUCUAUAGCAUUGAAUGAAGCAAAAAUACAAGCUGAAAAUUUCGGUUUUAAAGUUGUAAUGCUAGGUUCAGGGCUUUCAGGUGAAGCACGGUCGAUCGUUCGUAAACUUAUAGGAAUGAUCCGUAAUUAUAAAUUUGUACCAGAAGAUCGAUCUCGAUUCAAAGGAAUUGUAUGGCUUGCUGGUGGGGAGGCUACCAUUCGUAUGGAUCAAACAAGAAAAUUAGGAAUCGGUGGUCGAUGUCAAGAAAUGGGUAUAUUAUUUCUAGAUGAAAUGGAUAGUCUUGGUUGGGUUGGUCCUGAAAUUUACGCUCUGUUUGCCGGAACUGAUGGCCAAGAUGGUCCGACACCAGUGAGCGGAGUUCAAUUAAAGUGGCCAUUUAAAUCUCCUAAUACUUGGAAGCAAUCAUUGGUUAAUCAUGAUUCGUAUAAUUUUUGGCUCGAAAAUGCACCAGAAUGUCUAAUUCGAAGCGGAAUAACUGGAACAAAUGUCAUGGACAUUUAUGCAUUAAUGAUUCAAUUCUGAAAAUUCGUUAUAAGCG